AGACCCGUGACCCCGACUCUACGUGAGACGCACAACCCAGACUCAUCAUGAGUCUGGGGACCGGGAAAGGAUGCUUCACUAGCAGAGAGGACCCCUGCUGUAGUGCCCUCCUGCCGUACUAAGCGUCUUUACCCCAACCCUCCUGAGAGGAGUCACGCGGUCCUGCGCCGAGUCCUCUCCUCAGGCGACGGAAGACCUGCUUGGUUGCCCCCACCACCCAUCUCCAUCCCCUGAGUCCCUGGAACUGACCGAACACGUGCUUGGCACCGCGUGAGUGCAUUUCAGUCCAUGUGGGGCAGGCAGGUGUCCAGAUGGGCAAUGCCUGCUGGGAGCUCUACUGUCUGGAGCAUGGGAUUCAGCCUGAUGGGCAGAUGCCCAGCGAUAAGACCAUUGGUGGAGGGGACGAUUCCUUCACCACCUUCUUCUGUGAAACUGGAGCCGGAAAACAUGUGCCUCGGGCAGUCUUUGUGGAUCUGGAGCCGACUGUGAUUGAUGAGAUCCGAAAUGGCCCAUACCGCCAGCUCUUCCACCCAGAGCAGCUUAUCACUGGGAAGGAAGAUGCGGCCAACAACUAUGCCCGUGGUCACUACACCAUUGGCAAGGAGAUCAUCGACCCAGUGCUGGACCGGAUCCGCAAACUGUCUGAUCAGUGCACAGGACUUCAGGGCUUCCUAGUAUUUCACAGUUUUGGAGGGGGCACCGGCUCUGGCUUCACCUCCCUGCUGAUGGAGCGACUUUCUGUUGACUAUGGCAAGAAAUCCAAGCUGGAGUUCUCCAUCUACCCAGCUCCACAAGUGUCCACAGCUGUGGUAGAGCCCUAUAACUCCAUCCUGACCACCCACACCACCUUGGAGCACUCAGACUGUGCCUUCAUGGUGGACAAUGAGGCUAUCUAUGACAUCUGCCGCCGUAACCUGGAUAUCGAGCGUCCAACCUAUACCAACCUCAACCGUCUCAUCAGCCAAAUUGUCUCCUCCAUCACAGCUUCCUUGCGCUUUGAUGGGGCCCUCAAUGUGGACCUGACAGAGUUCCAGACCAACCUGGUACCCUACCCUCGAAUCCACUUCCCCCUGGCCACCUAUGCACCCGUCAUCUCUGCAGAGAAGGCCUACCAUGAGCAGCUGUCAGUGGCAGAGAUCACCAAUGCCUGCUUUGAGCCCGCCAACCAGAUGGUGAAGUGUGACCCUCGGCAUGGCAAGUACAUGGCCUGCUGCCUGCUGUACCGUGGAGACGUGGUGCCCAAGGAUGUGAACGCUGCUAUCGCUGCCAUCAAGACCAAGCGCAGCAUCCAGUUUGUGGACUGGUGCCCCACAGGCUUCAAGGUUGGUAUCAACUACCAGCCACCUACCGUGGUGCCUGGGGGUGACCUGGCCAAGGUGCAGCGUGCAGUGUGCAUGUUGAGCAACACCACUGCCAUUGCUGAGGCCUGGGCCCGCCUGGACCACAAGUUUGACUUGAUGUAUGCCAAGAGGGCUUUUGUACACUGGUAUGUAGGUGAGGGCAUGGAGGAGGGCGAGUUCUCUGAGGCUCGAGAGGAUAUGGCUGCCCUGGAAAAGGAUUAUGAGGAAGUAGGCAUCGACUCCUAUGAGGAUGAGGAUGAGGGAGAAGAAUAGACAGCCACUUGGAGCCUCUUUUCAUUGUGUUUAUUGCAAAAUCCUUUCGAAAUAAAGUCUCCUUGGCACGGUU